AUAAUUUCUCAGCUCAUCGCGGGCAUGCUAGAACCUUCCUCCUCCCUUCUAUCACAUUUCCAGAGUCAGUUCAACAUUUAAAUUCACGAAACCCUUUAUCAAAGAAUUCCUGCUUAGGGUUCGAUUCUCUUCGAAUCUCUCCAAUUUGUCAUCAUUAACCUCUUUGAAGGUGUUGUAUUGUGUUUGUUUGAAAAUGCAAGGAGGCAGGGGUAACAGAGAUCCUUUCUUUGGUAAUGGUGGCCCUUUUGGUGGUUUUGGGAGCCAGAGAAGUCUGCUCUCUGGUUUUUUCGGUGGAAGGGAUCCAUUUGAUGACCCGUUCUUCACGCGUCCGUUUGGAGGUCUGUUCGAGUCGACUUUCUUUGGUUCCAGUGGAAAUCCUUUCCCUAAUAUGCAUCCAUCUCCCUUUGACAACAUGCAUCCUUCUGGAUAUAUCGAGCAACAAGUUCCAGAGCCGAAGAAAUCAAGGGGGCCGAUUAUUGAAGAGCUAGAUCCUGACAACGAGAAAACUGAAGGAGAUGAAGAGAAGAAAGAGAAUCCUAGAAAACAUGGUAUGCGGAGCAAGGAGCCGUUUGUUGAGGACCCAGAUGAUGAAGCUGAAGUGAGAAAGAGCAAGCACUUGCAGUAUAGAAAUGAUUAUAGUAGAUUCAAUGGCAUUGAGUCACAACCCCAAGGACGCAGGUUCACUUUUCAGAGCUCUACUGUCACUCAUGGUGGUGCAAAUGGAGCUUACUACACUUCUUCCAUUACAAGGAGGGCAGGAAGUGAUGGAGUGACUUUCGAAGAAAGCAAAGAAGCUAACAGUGCUACUGGCCAAGCAACUCACAGAGUGUCUAGAGGACUUCACAAUAAGGGCCAUAGCCUUACAAGGAAGCUUAAAUCGGAUGGUAGGGUGGAUACAAUGCAGACAUUGCACAAUCUUAAUGAAGAUGAGCUCUCUGGUUUUGAAGAAGCUUGGAAGGGAAAUGCUGGAAAGCAUUUGCCUGGAUGGACUGGAAGUUUCACUGGCAUUGAUAACAUGGGGACUAGCAGCAGUGGACAGAAUGCACAGGCAAGAAGAGGAGGUUGGGCUCUUCCUUCCACAGAAGGAUCACAGCACUCUGAGAGAAUGGUGCCAGACACCACGGUUGGGGCAGGAUCAUCACGCAUACAGAAGUCAGGAAGGAGGAAAGGUUCAUCAGACGUCAAAGACAUGAACGGUUAUCCUCGAUGGAAACCUAACAAUUAAGAAUCGAGGAGACACAUCAAAUUUGCUUGGUGCAUUUCCCACUUUUCCUUGCUUGUCCACCUGUAGUAGAACGGGCGAUAGGAAGUGGUUGUACCUAUUCAUUAAUCAGUUAUAUGCAUCAGCCGCAGCAGAUUAAGAUGGUGAUUAAAGUUCAUCUUACAUGAUUGCCAUCUGUGAUUUCUCUAUCCAUGCAUUAUUGUAUUGAGAUAUUCACCUUUCUUCCAUAUCGUAUUUUACCUUAGCUUUUGAUAUGUUAAUGAUAAUAUCUCAAAACACUUUUGAGAUGAUUUCAUUCCUAAAGAA